GAGAUGGAGCAGUCCCCUGCAGUGCGCUCUGACUACUUGGUCUCAGGGAUUCGAACUCCACCAGUGAGGAGGAACAGCAAACUGGCAACACUGGGCAGGAUCUUCAAACCAUGGAAGUGGAGGAAAAAGAAAAACGAGAAGCUAAAGCAGACAUCUGCAGUGCUGGAGAAGAAGAUGACAGCACGGCAAGGUCGGGAUGAACUCAUUAAGAAAGGCCUUCUAGAGAUGAUGGAACAAGAAACUGAAGGCAAAGCCUGCACUGGUGAUGAUGCCACAGGAGUGAUGCAGAGUGAGCCUCCAGCACCUGUGUGCCAGGCACUUGCCCCAGAAGAGGUACAGCAAGAGACUACAACAGUAGCCACAACGAAUGUCACCUCGUUUGGUGAGGAGCUGCAUUUGGAUGAUCUGAAAGAAGAUGCAGCCAAGAAACCUUCAGCACCCACGGAAGGAUCAGAAGAUGCCAGCCUGCCAGCAUCUGAAGACAGUCCACAAGCCUUACUUGUACCUGAAUCCACAGACUCCCCCCAGAAACAGACAGAAAGAAACCCAGCACAGCUUCCCAGCCCUCCAUUGCACCCAGCUCCACCACCUAAGGCAAUCUCCAAAAUCACAAAGAGCAUAACAGGAAGUGAAAUAGAUGACCCAGCCAUGAAAUCUCCUCCUUCUACCAUCCUGAAGAAUUAUGUCAUUGUUGGUUCCUCCCAAAUCUCAGGACAAGCUGCCCUCUUCCAUCCCUCCGGCCAGAAAAGUUCCGAGCCCCAUGUCAGAGGACAGGUAACAACGCCAACUGGUUCCCCUCACCUGGCUGCUGUUCAUCUGCCUUUACCUCCCAGCAGAGUCAUUGAAGAACUCCACAGGGCUCUGGCCACCAAACACCGGCAGGACAGCUUCCAUGGAAGAGAAAGCAAAGGCUCUCCAAAAAAAAGAGUGGAUGUUCGUCCAUCCAGAACAUCAAGCAUGGAGCGCAACAAAGAGAAGGAGAACUCACUGGGUUACAGCAGUGAUUCAGAAAACAAGAGGAACUCAGUUAAAGAGUCGGAUGAGAACAAAGAAAACAUGAUCAUGAACUCAGAGCUCAAGGAAGAGUCUGUUUUUUAUCAGGAUGAGGAAGUUUUGAACGACUCUGUUAUUUCUGGUACUUUGCCAAGAAAAUGCAAGAAAGAGCUGCUGGCAGUAAAACUACGAAACAGACCAAGUAAGCAGGAGCUGGAAGACAGGAAUAUUUUCCCAAGGAGGACAGAUGAGGAAAGACAGGAAAUCCGGCAGCAAAUUGAAAUGAAACUCUCAAAGCGACUCAGCCAAAGACCUGCUGUUGAGGAGCUGGAAAGAAGGAAUAUACUUAAAC